AAGAAUACUGUUCACUUGUUUAACAUGGCAGGGGAUUGGUACCUCUAUGAAGUGUUUCAGGCAUUUUUAUCGGCUCCUGCAUAUCAUCUGCUUCUAGAAGCUUUCCUUGUGCUAUGGAUACUCAGGUUGAUUUUGACGAAGAGCUACAAGCCGCACAAAACGCGGUUGGGAGCAAAGGAAAAGGAAGAGUUGAUAGCUGAGUGGACCCCUGAGCCACUGGUGCCGGACACUCCAUCAGACCAUUACACACUACAUCCUAGGGUUGUUGAUGGGAAACCUGGAAAGACUGUUACUAUAAAUGGGAAAAAAAUCCUUAACAUGGGAACACUAAACUUUUUAAACAUGAUAGAAAACAAAGCCAUGGAGGAAGCAGCGAUAACAAGUCUAAAAACAUAUGGAGUUGGCUCCUGUGGCCCACGCGGCUUCUACGGUACAGUAGACGCUCAUCUGCAGCUGGAAGACAAGUUGGCGAAGUUCUUGGGCGUUGAAGAGGCGGUGCUCUACUCGUUCGGCUUCUCGACCAUAUCGAGUGCGAUUCCGGCGUACGCGAAGCGAGGCGACGUGCUGUUCGUCGAUGCGGGCGUCUCGUUUGCGAUACAGCAGGGCAUCGCAGCCUCACGAAGCCACGUCAGAUACUUCAAGCACAACGACGUCGACGACCUGAAGAGGCUGUUGCAGCUGCAGGCAGACACGGACAGCAAGCAUCCCAAGCGUGCCAGAGUGAUCAGGAAGUUUGUGAUAGUAGAGGGCCUGUAUUUGAACUACGGCGACAUAUGUCCAUUACCGGAACUGGUGGCGAUAAAGCAAGAGUACUGCGUGCGACUGUUUGUCGAGGAGAGUCUGUCGUUUGGAGUUCUCGGCGCGAGCGGCAAGGGCGUGACCGAACACUUCGGCAUUUCAGUAGAUGAGGUGGAUUUGAUAUGCGGAUCACUGGAGAAUGCGCUGGCUGCAAUAGGAGGCUUCUGUUGUGGGAAGAGCUAUGUCAUUGAUCACCAGAGGCUCUCAGGUCUGGGUUACUGCUUCUCCGCUUCCAUGCCUCCAAUGAUAGCAUCGGCAGCGAUCACCUCACUAGAACAGCUGGAAAAUAACCCGGAUAUCUUCUCUGCAUUAGUGAGGAAUUCCAGAUGGCUUCACGAGAAAAUAUCGAGCAUACCGGGCGUGGAAGUCGGCGGGGAUCCGAUAUCUCCUGUGAAGCACAUAAGCUUGAAGGACUGCGGUGAGAACGGAGAGCAAGAGACGAGGAUGCUCGAGGAAAUAGUGCAGGAGGCCGAGAAUCAGGGCGUGGCGCUCACCGUCGCGCGCUACCUCCACAACGAGGAGGCGCACCCGCUGCGGCCGAGCAUCCGUCUCGCGGUCAGCAGCAGCCUCACGCAGCCGGACCUCACCCUCGCGCUGCGUGUCAUCAGCAACGCGUGCGCCAGCGUCCACCGCCGCGACCUCGACGCUGUCGAGUAGCCGCAGCGGCGCCACCUGCAGGUCGUCGCGCAGCUGUCGCGCCGUCUGGACACCGUCACAUAGUGGCAUCGCCUUGAGAGCGACGAGUACUGGCGCCACCUGCAGGCCGUCAAGUAGCGGUGGCGCCGCCUAGAGAGCGUCAUGUACAGGCGCCACUCGGAGACCGUGGUGCCAUCUGGUGGUUGACUUUGGUCGGUCGGUCGCGCGACGCCACUCUGUGAUACGACGACAGUGGCGCGCGCGUGUAGGACAGAGGCUCUGCUAGGGGGCGUACUGGCGACCACGGCCAGGGAAAGACUCCGUAGCUCCGUAUCCCACCCAUCGGCUCUUUUCCGACGACGACGGGGGCUGGAGUGAGGGCGGGCCGGCUGGCUACAGGCAUCGUUCCGGCGGGAUUUUGCGCGGAUGGAUGUGGAUCGAACGGAAUGCAGGUUUCCAGACGGCAUUCGUCGUGGCGGUGCGCGUCAUUCUUACUAGCUGGUCGGCCGUAGUUUUUGGUUCUAAAUUCGGAGUCCCGGCCUGGCGUUCUCGCGCCGCGGCUUCCGUUGCGUCGGGCGACCGCAGACGACAAGCCAACGCGCUCGCUAGAUCAAAACGUCGAGUAUAUAUAUGUUAUUUAAUGCGGCGAACGUGUGUUCGAUGUGUCGUCAUUGAUUUUUCGUAAUUGUCAGCGUGCAUGUUUUUGCGACGUGAGAACUCGUAUCGCCGAGCCGUCGGCGAUGACGUUGCGAGCGGUUUUAACGUUAGAUGUCUGCUGCGCUCAUUGGCUAAUUUGAAUGACCCAUGAUGUUGGUUUCCAGCUUCAACCGCGGAGGACAAACUACGCCUGACGCGUCGCGAGAAUCGGCGAUUUUUUUUCGCGCAACAUUUGUUUCCCACGUAAUUUAUGACAUCGUGUUUUAAAAACAUUUUUAUCGUAGUCGUUCUGUGAUUGCGAUCGGAGUUCUGCCAGCUAGGUUGUCAAGCCUUUUGUCAGAUUAACCGCCGCAGGGAAUGACUGCUGCGGCUUCGUAGGCAUAGCUUUGGAAGUGAUGUAAUGCAGAAUACAAAUGAAUGUGUUUUUGACUGUGUUGAAAUCAUUGUAAAUACAUUUUUUUCGUGGUCACAGCUCUUGACGGAAGCUUGUAUGCAGUGAGGCCAUGCAUGCGUGUGCAACAGACGUCCUAUGUUAUGAUGUGAAAUCUAAUAUGUUUAAUUAAUAAAAAUAAAUUUUGUGAUUACA